UGCUCUUUUUUCUCUUUACCCCAUUGAAGAGACUCGCACCUCCCGCAGAUCAGCUUGUCGCUACAAGCACAAAACAGCGGUGCCUGUCGCUCUUUCGUCCGGUCAAUUCAUGUACAUACUUCACUUUCUCCUUUUCUUCUUUCGCUCACGAAUACACAAGAAUUAACCCACCCCCUCCUGUUUUGUCUAGCUGUUCCUCGUCCGUCCAUUCAUCCAUACGUACAGAAGAUGGUACACUCAUGCGCAUAUAUAAGUAUACAUAUAUACAUCGUAACCAACUGUGUAGUUUUAGUCGCGCUCGCAGCAUGUAAAACUGUUUUCAUUCUCCCCGCAUACACGCAUUUGAACUCUCCGUUCAGGUCUUCGAGUCGCUACUCGGCCGCCGCGCGUGUACAUAUUACUGCACGACGUCGCCCGUUUAAUGACACAGAUAUAUCCUCAGGGCUCCUUCAUGCUGCGAUACGCAACGUGGGCUCGCUGAUAGUGGAUCGCAGGAGUCGUCCUUGCGAGAUUGCAGGCACGCGCUCCGCCACAGCUCGCUUCCGUCGGGAUUUUAAAGGGCUAGGAAGCAAUGACAUCUCCUCAUGCAAGGCAUCCCGAUGGCUUCUCCGUCUCAUUCGACCUGCGCAAGAGGGGCAGUCUGCGCGCCGUGCGGCCUCGAAUUUGCCGUGUGGGAGGGAUGAUGGCGCCGCAUGCUGUUUUCUUUUUCUGCCAGUACAAAGCCUUCUGGUGCCCAUUUGAUCAUGUAACAUCAGCCUUUUAAAAAAGAGAAAGAAAAGAAAGAGCGAGCGGCAUGCAUCUUAUGUCAGCCAUUUGACC